GACAUGGCCCUGUAUUGCGGCGACAACUUCGUAUACUCACAGCCCGCCGCCGCUGCCUCGCCCGGUGCGCCCUCGACCUCCAGGGCACCCUAUGGGCUGUCCGACUACGCCGCACCGCCCGCUGCAGCCGCCAACCCCUACCUGUGGCUCAACGGGCCUGGCGUGGGCGGCCCGGCCUCCGCUGCCAGCUACCUAGGGGCCCCGCCGCCCCCCGGAGCGGCGCCCGGACCCUUCCUGCAGCCGCCAGCAUCUCCGGGCACCUUCGCGGGCGCCCAGCGGGGCUUCGCGCAGCCUUCGGCGGCUGCACCGGCCUCGCCCGCCGGCUCGGCAGCCCCUGGUGAGCUGGGUUGGCUGUCGAUGGCCAGCCGCGAGGACCUGAUGAAGAUGGUGCGGCCACCCUACUCGUACUCGGCGCUCAUCGCUAUGGCCAUCCAGAGCGCGCCUGAGCGCAAGCUCACCCUCAGCCACAUCUACCAGUUUGUCGCCGAUAACUUCCCUUUCUACCAGCGCAGCAAGGCUGGCUGGCAGAACUCCAUCCGCCACAACCUAUCACUCAACGACUGCUUUAAGAAGGUGCCCCGCGACGAGGACGACCCAGGGAAAGGUAAUUACUGGACUCUGGAUCCAAACUGUGAGAAAAUGUUCGACAACGGGAACUUCCGUCGAAAGCGAAGGCGCCGUGCUGAGGCCACCAGCAACCUUACCGUGCCUUCGGGGACAUCCAAAUCAGAAGGACAGCCCUCAAGACUAAGAGUGAGUGGGAAGCUAGAAGGAGACAGCCCCUCCUCUAUGCUGAGGCCAUCUCAGUCACCAGAGCCUCCGGAGGGCACCAAGAGCACUGCCUCCUCUCCUGGAGCGUCCACCCUCACCUCCACGCCAUGCCUCAACACUUUCCUCAGCAGCUUCAACACCUUAAGUGUCAACUCCAGCAGCAUGAGCACCCAGAGAACCCUCCCAGGCAGUCGCCGCCAACUAGGAGGGACCCAGCUGCCCUCCAGCACAUUCCCUAACUCCUCGGUUCCAGACAGCUCUCCAGACUCCCUGCAGCUGAGCACUGUGGGUGGAAGCAACCAGCUGUCUUCCUACUACAGCCCUUUCUCUGGCGGCAGCAGUGGGGACCAGAGUAGCCCCUUCAGUAGCCCUUUCUACAACUUCAGCAUGGUCAACAGCCUCAUCUACCCCCGGGAUGGCUCUGAUAUAUAGACA